UGCUGUCUGGGCUUACGUUGUUUUUCCUUGGUCUCUCCAGCGUUACUCGGUUUCAUAAAACUGCUUCCCAUGGCAGGAGAGCAGGAGUUAUUAUCCACUGAAAUUGUGAACCGGGGCAUAGAGAAUUCAGGCCCAUAUGCUGGAUCUUUGAAUUUCUCUGUCAGGGUUCGACGAGGAUUGCCGGAUUUCCUCAACUCGGUUAACUUGAAAUAUGUCAAGCUGGGAUAUUCCUAUCUCCUUAGCCCUGUCUUUUAUUUCCUAACAGCACCAGUUCUCAUGGUGAUCUUCGGUGCUCAGAUUGGAAAGCUCUUCAUCUGGCAAGACUUCUGUCCAAAAUGUAAACCCAUUGAUGCACUUUUCAUAGUGGGAUUGUUGAGUUUAAUUAUAUACAUUUAUCUUUAUUUAAGCCCUCGGUCUACUUAUUUAGUGGACUUCGCUUGUUAUCGUCCACCAAAUGAACUCAAGAUUUCGAAGGACGAAUUCAUCGAGUUGGCGAAGAAAUCUGGAAAAUUUAAUGGUGCUGCCAUAGAGUUUCAGCGCCGAGCUCUCAAGAAUUCUGGCAUUGGAGAUGAGACCUGCAUGCCUAGAAUAGUUUUUCAACCUGGGCACAAGAUAACACUAAAGGAUGGCCGUGAAGAGGCAGCAAUGAUCAUGUUCGGAGCAGUAGAUGACCUUCUUGCCGCCACAAAAAUAAGGCCCAAGGACAUAAAAAUUCUUAUUGUCAACUGUGGGAUCCUAAAUACUACCCCGUCACUCUCAUCAAUGGUAAUAAAUCACUACAAGCUUAGGCAUGAUAUUCAAAACUUCAAUCUCGGUGGCAUGGGAUGUGCUGCUGGCAUUAUAGCUAUUGAUCUAGCUAAAGACCUUCUGAAUGCAUAUCCUGGAUGCUAUGCACUGGUGGUGAACACGGAAGCGGUGAGCUAUACAUGGUACAGUGGCAAUGAUAUGGAUAUGCUCCUUCCUAAUUGUUUCUUCAGACUUGGCGCAGCAGCCAUGCUUCUAUCCAGUUGCCGCCUUGACCGAUGGCGAUCUAAGUAUGAACUGAAGCAGCUAGUUCGAACUCACAAAGGCAUGGACAACAGAAGCUUCAAAAGCAUACAUCUAAGGGAAGAUGCAGAACGAAAGCAAGGUCUGUCAGUUAGCAAGGAUCUGGUUGAGGUGGGAGGCCAUGCACUCAAGGCCAACAUCACCACUCUAGGCCCUUUAGUCCUUCCUGUGUCUGAACAAGUUCAUUUUUUCACUAAUUUGCUCUUCAAGAAGAAAAACAGACCAUACAUUCCAAACUACAUGCUUGCUUUUGAGCAUGUGUGCAUCCUAGCAACUAGCAAAAAGGUGCUAGAUGAAAUACAGAAGAACUUGGAGCUUACAGAGGAAUACAUGGAGGCAUCAAAGAAAACUUUGGAGCAAUUUGGGAACACUUCGAGUAGCAGUGUCUGGUAUGAACUCGCUUACUUGGAGACAAAUACAAGGAUCAAACGAGGUGAUAGGAUCUGGCAACUUGCUUUUGGUUCAGGGUUCAAGUGCAACAGUGUUGUUUGGAAGGCGCUUGGGAAUGUUGGGAAGCCCAAGCGGAGUCCUUGGAUUCAGGAUUCUAACUGAAGGAAAUAGUAGGAGAAGGUGGGAGUGAA